CGCGCGGACCUCGCGGUCGAUCGCGCCGUUCGCCUCGAACGUCCCUCGCGGUCUUCUCGCGCGCGUCUCCGACGUCGCCGCGUCCGCUUCCGCCGCGGAUCUCGCGCGUUCGCGUCCACUAGGGUUGCGCGUCGCGUCCUCGGUCUUCUCCGAGAAAACAGCCCAGAUCGCGCGUCGUCGUCGUCGCGUCGGGUGAGCAGCGACCAUGUCCGGCAUCGGGACGGGGUACGACCUCUCCACGACGACGUACUCCCCCGACGGGAAGGUCUUCCAGGUGGACUACGCGGGCAAGGCGGUGGACAACGGCGGGCUCGCGCUCGGGAUCAAGUGCAAGGACGGCGUCGUGUUGGGCGUCGAGAAGCUCCUCGCGUUCAAGAUGCUCGUCCCCGGGUCGAACCGACGGAUCGCCGCGGUCGACCGCCACGCCGGGAUGGCGGGUACCGGGCUCGCCCCGGACGCGCGGGCGAUCGUCACCCGCGCGCGCCAGGAGUGCGCGCAGUACCUCUCCUUCUACGGCGACAGGAUCCCCGCUAAGAUCCUCGCCGAUCGCAUGGCGCACUACCUCCACAUGUUCACGCUGUACUGGUCCGUGCGGCCCUUCGGCGCCAGCACGCUCCUCGCGGUGAAAGACCACGAGCUCGGCUACGCGCUGUAUCUGCUCGAGCCGAGCGGCGAGGUGCAGCGGUACUUCGGCACCGCGGUCGGUAAGGGGAGGCAGGCGGCGAAGAACGAGAUCGAGAAGCUCGUGAAGGCGGACGCGGCCGGGUCGCUGAGUUGUCGCGACGCGGUGAAGCAUCUCGCGCGCAUCGUGUACUCGACGCACGACGAGAAGGACAAGGCGUUCGAGUGCGAGCUGUCGUGGAUCUGCGACCAGAGCGGCGGGGAGUUCAGGAGGGUGCCGAAGGAGCUCGCGGAGGAGGCGAUAACGCUCGCGAAGGCGGCGUUAGAGGACGACGACAUGGCGGACGCAUGACGAGCGCGUCGACGUCACGACGUUUUAUUCAUCCGAGAUCGCGCCU